AUGGCAGAGUGGAUGUUUGAGCCAAUACAACGAGAACUUGGCUAUCUCUUGUGUUUCAACAGUAACAUUCAAGAGCUCGAAACUCGACUUGACGAACUAAAAGCAACCAGAAGCGACAUACAAAGAAUGGAAGAUGCAGAAAAGAAGAUGGGGAAAACUCUGGGUGAUCGCGCCCAGUUGUGGAUUCGGAAGGCAGAUAGAAAGAUUGUAGAAGCACAGAGUGUUCUCAAUGAUAAGGCGGACCUUAAAAAAGGGUGUUUCUCCAUCAAAUGGUGCCCUAAUCUAAUUUUGCGUUUUUCUUUGGGCAAGAAAGGGAAGAAAUCAUCUUUGGUUCUCAUCGAACUUCAAUCAUCUGGUGGUCAGUUGCCACACACGUGUCAUUCCUUACCUAUGCCGUCUAUAAAUAUGCGCGAUUAUAAUGGCGAUGCUUUGAAUUUCGAGAGUCGGAGUAAGAUUAUGGAAGACAUAAUUGAGAUGCUACUGGAUGAAGAGACAAUGUUAAUAGGGAUAUGCGGAAUGGGAGGGAUUGGAAAGACCACAUUCGCCAAGCAAGUCCUCCAAAAGGUAAAUGACUCUUAUAAUCAUUUAUUUGAAAUUCAAGUUAUGUCCACUGUCUCUAAUAGUCCCAAUUUCAAUGCUAUUCAACAAGAAGUUGCACAUAUGUUAGGGUCUUCCCUUAAGGACGUAGAUGGUGAGAUUGCAAGAGCACACCAUUUACGAAAUGCUUUUAGUAACAAGAAAGUUGUUGUCUUGUUGGAUGAUGUUUGGAAAGAGUUUGAUUUAAAUGCAAAAGGUUUUCCAAUAUCAAAAUCAGAUGAUGGGUGUUGCUGUAAAAUUAUUUACACAUCUAGAAACAAAGAUUUAUGGUCAGGUGAAAGUAACAUCACCAAACAAGAAUUCUCUCUUGAUGCAUUAUCAUUUGAAGAAGCCUUGAAUUUGUUUAGUAUAAAAGUGGGUCUACAUGGUGAUGAUGAUACUGAUUUCCCUUUGAAGAAUAAAAUAGCAAGACAAAUAGUUGAUGAAUGUAAGGGACUACCCCUCGCACUUGAGGUUACAGGAGGCGCUCUUGUAAAAAAGAGAAAAUAUGCGUGGGAGGAUAUGUUUUUCAAGUUGCGGAAUCAACAAUUACACAGUGACAAGAUACACAAUGUCGUGCAGACGAGUUAUGACUUCUUAGAAGAUCCCAAUGCCCGACGCUUGUUCUUACUUUGCUGCUUAUUCCAAGAAGACAAAGAGAUUCCUAUCGAGACGUUGUAUCGUUUUGCAGUGGGUUUGCAACUCUUCAAUGGUAUGAAUGACCUAAAAUGUAUAAGUGACCGUGUUUACACCUUAGUAGACGAUCUAACGAGGAGAAAUCUGAUAAUAAAUGUUAAAGAACAUGCAGUGAAGAUGCAUGAUGUGGUGAGAGAUGUGGGAAUUUCAAUUGCAAAACAAGAAGAGAAUAAUAUUAAUUUUCUUGAGUGUGAUGGUGUUGACAAACUAGAAAAUAUUGUUACUCCACGCACUAAGAUGAUUUCUAUAUUGUUCAAGAAGAAUGAUCUAGAAGUCCCUAAUACCAUGGAAUUUCGAGGCUCUAAAUUGGAACUACUACGGUUGGAUAGUUCAUAUUUUCACCAACCAAAUAUUAAAUUACCAGGAAAUUUACUUAGAGGGGCGGAUAAUCUCAAAGUUCUAGAUAUAGUCAGUCAUCAAGGUAAAAUUAGUGAGUUUCCAUUAUUUUUAUCUUUUCCGUACUUAUCGAAGUUGAAGAUGUUAUCCCUAGAGAGAUUGAGUUUGAAUAUGAGAAUAAGUGUAUCUUCUAUUGGACAUAUUAAGUGCUUGGAGAUCCUUUGUCUUCGAAGUUCAAAGAUAAGAGUUUUGCCAAAUGAAAUAAGUGAGUUAACAAACUUAAAAUUGUUGGAUUUGUCUCGGUGCAAGUGUUUCAUAAGCAAUGGUAUUCUUUCGAGGCUUACGAAUCUACAAGAACGGUACAUGUGGCAUGGUUUCAAAGAUUGGAGGCUAUUAAAAGAAGACGUUAAUGGUGGAGAUAAUCAUGCAGCAGGACUUGAUGAGUUAAAUUUGUUACAUAAAUUGUGGAGACUGGAAUUGGAGGUACCCAACAUUGAACAAGUGCCGAGAGGUGUUAAACUAUUUUCUUGUUUAACAUUAUUAGCACAAUUCAAGAUAAGAAUAGGAGGAGGAAGACAAUAUAUUAAAUUUGAAAGUGGAGAAAGACAACUGUGGAUAGAGAAUGUUAGAGACAAUACCAGUUUCUUACAUGAACUUGGGGUUUUAAUAGAAAAAGACGUUACUAAUUUAUAUUUGUGUGAUGAUCCUGACAUGGGGGAGAAGAUGCAUUUAAACAACUUCCUAUCAUUGAAAGAUAUUGUGCUUAAACAUUGUGGUUCUCUUUUUCCACACUCACAAUCCAGAUCACCCCAUAUUUCUGGACGUAAUUUUCGACGUAUCGAAAUAUAUGGAUGCAAUCAAAUGAGGCACUUAUGUUCUACAUCAAUAUCAAGGAAUCUCACAAAGCUUAAAGUUCUUGUUCUCCAAGAAUGUGAAAUGAUCGAAGAAGUUGUUAGUUUUUGUGAUAAGACAGAACAACUCAAUAAAAUUGAGUUCAAUACAAUGGAAACUCUUAAGCUUUGGGAGUUGUCUAGUCUGGAAUAUUUUUGCAAAGGAAUCAAUUUGGAAAUGCCUUGCCUGGAGGAGCUGAGUAUGAUAUCUAUUCCAAAUAUUGAAACUUUGUGCAUGCCACCAUCAUUACAAAAGUUGAAUAUGGAUAGUUGUGACAACUUUCAAUAUGUUGACUUCUCUAAUAGCUUGGUUAUUUCUCAUCUUAGAAGGUUAACCAUUAAAAAUUGUAGAAGGUUGAAAGGAGUAGUAGGAGUAACAACGGAGGCAGAAGAAAGGCAACCGAGAAAAUCAAUUGAAUUCACUAAUUUGUCAACAUUGGACCUUGAAUCCUUAGAUGAACUCGCGAGUUUUGUCAUCGACGUCAACAAUAUGGGCGACGAAGAGAAAAAGUCGCAAAGUGCACUAUUUUAUCACAAUGAUUAUCAGGUCUCCUUUCCUUGUUUAACAGAGUUGAAGAUAUCCGGAUUGCCAAAGAUAAAUUAUAUAUUAGGAUGGAAAGAGGGAGAAGGAUAUCCUCAUCAUCAUGAUAAGAGGUUUCCUCCAGGACUUGGAAUCCUUUUGUUUCAAAACUUGAAACAAUUGAAAAUCUUUGAUUGUGGGAAAUUGAGAUAUUUGUUUUCGGAGAAUAUAGGUAGAGUCACUGCCAAGAAUCUUGUGAAACUAGCUAUUAAUAAAUGUCCAAUGAUGGAAGUGGUGAUGAAGAAAGAGGAAGAAUUAAUAAUAGAGGAUGAUGAUGAUAAGGAAGUGGGUAAUUCUCUCGGAAAUACUCAUUUCUUUCCACUCCUUAAGAAAUUGAGUCUUCUUUAUCUAUCGGGUUUGAGGAGCUUUAGUAAUGUUGCUUAUACUUGGGCCUUGCCAUCACUACAGCAUCUCACUGUGUUAACAUGUCCUGAACUAGAGGCACUCUCUCCCGACUAUUUGGAUUCUCCAAGACUUCGUCGUUUCCUUUAUGAUUAUAGAAAACAAAAGGAAGAGAAUUGGAAAGGUGAUGUUAACAAAGCAUUGAGUCAUUUAUUUAUCAAGACAUACAAAGAAGCACAACCAGUAGAGAAACUAGAGAACAUGGAUGAAGAAGAAGAUGAUGAUGAAGAAUGA